CAAAAAGUUCAUUGCGCGAUACCGUUCGCGUGCCGCAUUUUUAGGUACAAUAACCGUUAAUAUACGUAAUAUACGUUUACUUAUAAAAUAACCAGGAAAGAUCAAAUAUCAAUAUCAUCAUGUCGGCGGGGUUCCUUUUUGGAGCAACACCAACCCAAAGCACCCAGGCGGCUGCGACCAGCCUGACGGCAACUCCAGCCAGUGCACCAGCCACCGGUCUGUCAAUGAUGUAUGGCACACCAGCUGGUGGCGUCGCCAGUGGCACAGCAGGCGCCGCUAAGACGAUAAGCUUCGCGACUCCCGCGACCGCCGCCACGACGGGAUUCUCCUUCGGAACGCCGGCGCCCUCUACGGCAGCUACGGCGGCACCCGCCGCAGGGUUCGGAUACGCCACGCCGGCGUCUACCGCCGCAGCUGGCGCCCUCACCGGAUUCAACAUGACUGCGCCGGCGACCACCGCCGCGGGAUUCGGCGGCAUAGGGGGCACCACGGGCGCGUCGACGCUCGGCAUGUUCGGGAAGGGAGCGACGACGAUGGCGGCGGCGGGAGGUGGGAUCGGAGGGUUGGGAGGGACGACUGGGUUCACCGGCCUCGGAGCAGCGACGACGACAACGACCCUCAACACUGGUCUAGGCGGAAGCUUCGGCGGCAUCGGCGCGGCGACGAAGACGACCGGCAUGGGAUUCGGCCUAGGUGGCGCCGCCGCUCCGGCGUCCGCGUUCGCUCCCGCGGCUUCGACGAUGGCGGCGGCGAAGGGUCUAGGUGGCGUUGGCAUCACUGAGCAGGCGUCAGCUGCCGUCACAGGCAAGAGUGAGAACAAGGCGGUAAAGGAGACCAGCUUACCGAAUGAGAUCAGUCACACCGUGGAAGAGUUCAAGUGAAGAGCGAGAA